AUGCGAACAAGACCCGUCACUCCUCGUUCAAAGUCAGGUUUUUCUGAGCAGAAGCCACGGAUGAACAACAUCCUGAUGUCAGCCACCGAGCCCUGUGACCUAUCCUUCUACCGCUCCUUCCAGAACUUGGCCCACCUGCCCCCGUCCUAUGAGUCUGCAGUGAAGAGCCACCCCAGCAAGUACUCCUCCCUAAAAAGGCUAACUGACAAGGAGGCUGAUGAGUAUUACAUGAGGAGGCAGCACCUGCCUGACCUGGCUGCCCGUGGUACCCUCCCUCUCAACGUCAUCCAGAUGUCCCAACGCAAGCGGCCCCGCCGGCCCAUCCGGGCCAUGUCGCAGGACAGGGUCCUGUCCCCCCAGCGGGGCCUGCUGGAGGAGUUCAGCAUGCCCUAUGACCGCAUCCUGUCUGACGAGCAGCUGCUCUCCAUGGAGCGCCUGCAUUCCCAGGACCCACUGCUGUGCCCAGAGCGGACGGCCUUCCCAGAGCAGUCCCUGUCAUGGGCCAUCUCGCACACAGACGUCUUUGUGUCCACGCCUGUGCUGGACUGCUACUGCAUGACCAAGAUGCACUCCCAUCCCAGUGCCUCCAAUAACUCCUAUGCCACCCUGGGCCAGAGCCAGACGACAGCCAAGCGCCAGGCCUUCGCCUCGUGCAGACACAACACGGUGGAGCAGCUGGACUACAUCCCAGACCACUACACCUGCUACACAGCCAGCAAGACCGAAGUGACUGUGUGACUGGCAGGGCGGGGAUGGGCUGCAGGCAGGACAGGGCAGGGGUCAGGAGAGGCCUGGAGCAGAGCUGCUUGCCCUGCACGGCUCCCUGCCCUUGUCCCCUCUGUAGGCCUUGGUGAUGGCAGCCUUUGCCCAGAAAGCCAUACCCCCCAGGCACAUGGCCCGUGUCCUGGCACUGCACACUCAGACUUGGGAUCUACAGCAAACACUCUCAUUCUUCCAGAAGAGUCGAAGGGGAGUGAGGUGAGGGGUGAGGCCCCAGUCUCACCACCCCCACCAUCACCAAUCU